GAAAUUUGGGAAUGUCCAUCACUCGGUAUACACCAGACGUCAGCUCCUAUCGAAUGUUGCGACAUCAAGCAGACUCAAAUCCGAACAACGACAGAUUACGUUUGCUUGAAAAUAGUCUCGACAGAUGGAAAGAGGACGGAAUCAACACAGUCAGGUACCAGGUACUGCAGACGGUCAAUAAACACAUGUACACGUACAUACUAGCGGGAAUUGAUCAGGAACAUUGGGUAUACCAACCGUGGAGGAUUGGCAACAAUAACAGGUCACGUGACGACUCCUUUGAUUAUGCGGCAGAGGAAUUGUUUUUAGAUAAGGCUAAAUAUCUGUUAGGAAAAUUUGUUCUGGAUAAGGACUUGGUACAUAACCUAAAGAAAGAAUUUUAUCGUCUCAAUACUUCUGAUGUUUCGAUGGAGGAUAUAUCUGCAAUUAUACGACGAAUGUUCCCUGUUACGUCUCCUGAGGCGAUGGUUGUGCCAGAAUUAAUACAAUCUUCAGGAAACGAAAGUAAAACUAAUAACCAAACAGGAUUGAGGAACAUUGGUCUCCUUAGCCAAUACCGUGAUCGUGCCAAGGAAUUAGAUCCAGAUUUGCAAAAACAAGAAAAACAAUAUUCCGUCCAACAGUCAAAAGCACAACCACAUUGGAAACACACUUUAGAACACAUGCAAAUACAAGAAAAUAGUAAACCUGUCCAACCACAACAAAAUCAACGAGAAAAUCAGCAUUCCAUCCAGCAAGUAGAAAUAAAACAGGAACAUCUUAAUCCCGUCCAACAAGAACAAGAAAUUAAAACUCUUGUCAGACAAGUAAUACGAAAACAAGAGAAUAAUCUCGCUCAAAAAGGUCAAGAACAACGCGACCGAAAUCCCGUCAAAGUUUUUCAAGCACAACAAAACCCAUUUUCCGUUCAGCAAACAGAACAAGGUAACCAAAAUCAGCGUAAUACUAAUAUUAACACUGCAUUUACUGAAAAUCAAAAGAAGUACCAACAACGUCUUAAAACACAUGAGAAAUAUCGACAGAGUUUGCUAAAUCUGCAGGAUAAUCAAGAAGUCAAACCACGUCAAAGUCCUAUACAGGUGUUUCAGAAACUGAGUGAUAAGUUGCAGCAACGAAAUAAAUUCCUGCGUGAGGUACACCAACCUGUCUCUUUAUCUCAUAAAACCGAGUCCGUCAAUCUCAAUAAAACAAUAGUAGCAUCAUUGCCCCAUGCACCGUAACGAAACAAGGACUAAACGUAUAGGCGGGUAGAGGUCAUUGGAUGCAAGGCCACAGGAUAUACAUCUACGAAACAAAAUGGGAGUCUCCUCAAAGGCAUUCAUAUGUGUGUGGAACCAGUGCGAGUUUGGUUCAGUUCUAUUGACACUGUAACCAAUCAUCUUUUGAAAGAUUUUUUUAUGAAAGUUACAAGGAUUUAAACGGAAAUUAUACAUGUAAUAUAAAAAUGUGUUAUACAUCGGUGUGGAACUUGAUGUGUUCCAUGUUUUGUUAUGUAGUACGAUUUGGAAUUCACCAAUGAUCGAUGUAGACCACACAGAAAACGUUAAAAUCUGACACCGGACUUGUAGUAUUUUCCGGUGAGAAGCAGGUUUAGGCCAUUGCAGAUUAUACCCGAAGUGCAAUUCAUGAGUGAAACUUUAAAGUAAAUCAUGAUCCUGGGACGCAGGGAACGCCUAGGGAGCGGUUACCCGCAAAAUGUUCGCAUUUUUCCUCAGUGCUAUUUAACAAUAGAUGUUUCACUCACUAUGUAGGGAACUACAUAGUUGUAUCAGAGAAUUUUAAAUGUUGUCUAUAAAUA